AGUUGGUAAGCAUUUAGUGUGCUUUUUCUUCAAACUUUCUUUCUCUCUCAUUCUCAUUUUCAUUCUCACUUUCUCUCUCCCUCACUCUCUCUUUCCAUUUUCAUUAUCUCUGAUUGAAGCUCUGUUUCUGGCUCACAUGCAUUCAUACAAGGUAAUGGAAUAGCAUAUGAAUAAUGAUGUCAUCUCAAAUAAGAAGCAUAUCUUAGUGAUUGGUGUGAGUGAGGUUCAUUUAUUGGGAUCAAUCGGAGCCCGUGAACCUGUUAUUGGAUACCUUCGUCUAAUCUCUUUCGCAUUCAACACUUCACCAAAAAAUUCGUGUCAGACUCAAACCCCUCUCUUCUUAUUUAUGAGGAACAAAACCAGAUAUGGCUUUUGGAGCAUGGAGAGGGUUUCUUCUAAGAAAUGAAUCAAUGGCCAAAUGGAUUGGGAAAUCUUUCUAAUCAAUAGAACAAAACCCUCACACACAUUGAUUGUGCAAAUGGGUUUUUGUUUUUAAUUGCUUUUUUUGCCCAAUCUGCAAGUUUUGUUGUUGGGUUGGAAUUUUUUUGCUUCUUCUCCAAGUUGGUUUUGGUGUUUUGGGUUGUCUCUUUAAUCAAAAUUGUGAAAGAUUUGAUUGAUUAAUUUCAAUUUUCUUUUUCUUCAAAAAAGAAGAAAAUGUUGGAGGCUGAGUUAUGCUCUUCUCAUAGAAUUUUAUCUCCAUUGAGAGAAGAAAGUGGAGAUGAAGAACUCUCUGUUCUACCAAGGCACACCAAAGUUAUUGUGACAGGAAAUAAUAGAACCAAGUCUGUUUUGGUGGGUCUUCAAGGUGUGGUGAAAAAGGCUGUUGGUUUAGGAGGAUGGCAUUGGCUGGUUCUGAAAAAUGGGGAUGAAGUUAAGCUUCAAAGGAAUGCACUGAGUGUGUUAGAACAUCCGACUGGGAAUGAAGAGGGCGACGAUCACGAUUACGACAACUCUAGCACUAGUUCUGAGAUUAAUGACAAGGACAAUGAUUUCAGUAGCAGUAAUGAGUUUCACAAACAAUUUAAGCCAAGAGUUAGGCAUGCGAAGUCGUCGGCUCUGUCAACUUCGGCAAAAUCAAUACACCGCGGUUUAUACAAAGAAGUCCAGUCUAUCCACAAAUCUAGAUCGUUCAAAUCCUCUUAUUAUAAACAGAGCCUAAACAUGGCAAGAGUAGAAACAGACUCUUUGAGGAGAUAUUGCAGAUACUUCAAUCUUGCAAGUAACCAUUCGAAUCCAUCAAGGGAGCAGAUGAUCAAUGCUGUUCAGCGCCAUUUCAAUUCACAGCAGAAGCCAUUGGAUGAUGUUCCAGUGAUCACUGAGUUUGUCCAAGCAGCAGCCAAGAGAAGAAAAGAAGCCAUGUUUGCUGAGAAGUACAGGAACCAAGAGUUUUAAAAGUGUUUGACUAUCCCUCUCACAAUGUAUUAUAUUAUUAUUAUUUUAGUUUUUAGUUUUAGGGGUUUUAUAUAUAUAUAUAUAUAUAAAUAGUAUAACAAAAAAGAUUACAUAUCCAACUCUAACCAUUAGAUAAAUCCAGCUGUUGUAGACUGAUUUGGGAUGAGUUUGAGAUCUACUUGAUCAUCUUGACUCUCUCUUUCUCUCUCUCUCCCUUGGUUCUAAGUUCUAACCUUGUGGUAAUAUAUUAGUUUAUAUAUAUAAUAGGAUGGUUAAUUUAUUAUUA